AUGCUGUCACCGUCCGACAACCUCAAGGAACUUCUGUCGGAGCUGCAUUUGUGCACGCCGUCGCAGCUGCUGGCGUGCGAAUCGGAAGUCCGGCGGCUGACAGGUGACCUGCCCGGAUUUGAUUCCUGCUGGCUGGAUGUGCUGGUGGCCCAUCGUCUGCUGACUCCCUGGCAGGCACAGUGUCUGCAGUCAUCAGACCCGCUCAAUAUGCGACAGGGGCUUUAUCGUCUGCGGGAGCCUCUGGGUCAGAGAACAUGGCAGGCGGAGACUCCGGAUCGCAGUCGCAUUGUGGUCGUCAGUCGCCUGACGGGGCAGGACGGUCCGGCCAGCGUGCAGCUGGCUGAACGGGGUCAGUCGCUGAUUGAAACGACGGCCUACGCGCAACGUUCUGUGUCUUCGCACGUCUGUCUGCCGCGUGAAUUCGUGCCGCAUGAAACAGAAGACGGAGGCUGGCUGGCCAGCCCGUAUAUCGCCGGCUGGCAGCUGGACGAACUGCUGAUUCGAGGAGGCCGAUUGCCGUGGGAGGUGGUCGUGGAAAUCGGCAGGGGCGUGCUGCAGGGGAUUGAUGAUCUGGAGCAGGCCGAUCUGGUGCACGGCGACAUUUCACUGCGCAACAUUCGUCUGCGGUCAGACGGCCAGGCGGUGCUGGUCGACCCCUUUGCUGCCCGACUGCUGCGACCAACAAUCGGAUUUCGAGCGGAUCUGCAGCUGCGGGAAGUACAGCAUUGUGCGCCGGAACUGGCGGGAAGUGGCCGACGACACGAUUCCGUCAGCGAUCUGUAUUCCCUGGGAACUGUUUUGUGGCAGCUGCUGACAGCGCGCCCGACUUCCAUUUCAGCGGAUCCGGUGACGUUCCUGAUGCAGUGUCGUGAUCGGGAUGUGGCAGAUGUUCGCCAGUGGGUACCCGACUGUCCGUCCGAGAUCGCUCGCGGGAUACAGCUGCUCACGCGGCGGCGGCCUGAACUGCGUCCGCAGUCUGCCGCCGAGGCUCUGGAAACGUGGAAGCCGCUCACAGCCUCAGGCACUCUGCGCAUCGCGGCGGCAGGAGAUCAGCCGGCCGUGGUGCACGUUCCAUCGUCGUCCACGUGGAAGAUCCAGGCAGAUCAGCUGCAGCUGUCGGGAAUACAGGUUCAGGAUCAGGGUGACACCACCGGAGCGGCUCGUCAGCUGCUGGAUGUUCGGUGCCGGCUGCUGGAGCUGGAGCGGGUGAUCGUGGGCCACCGCGAGCAGCGACGCAACACAGGACUUCGCUGGACUCCGGCGGCAACGGGUUCCACAGUGGCUCGCGUAAACAACUCGGUGUUUUUGGCGGAUCGGUUUGGAAUCCACACAACAGCCGCGCCCGGUCAUUUCGUGCUGGACAACGUGCUGUUUGACUCGACCGAAACGGCCUGGCGCUGCGACACCGGCUCUCCGGCUCGAGUCCGUCUGAAUAUGGAUCGCGUCACUCAGCUGGGUGGCCGCAGUUUUGCUGAUGUGGUGUCGAGCAAAGGAUCCGGAUCGAUGUGGGUGGAGCUCACCUGCGGAGAAUCCGUCCUGACGCCUCAGGAAGCCCUGACUCUGGACCGGCUGUGCAACCGAAUCUCAGAGCGGUUUCCGGAUUCAGGACUUUCCGGUGUGGCGCGCGACCUGUACGCCGCUGCCGGUGAAACACGAGAGCGCGUGACCUGGAUCGGCUGCCCGCACUAUCCGACUCGAAUCGGUGUGGGCCUGCUGCUCCUGCUGCUCGCCGGGCUGGCCGCCUACAGCGGUCUGCAACUGCGGGAAAGCCUGCAGCUUCAGGGCGAACGGAUGACGUUCAAGGGCCUCGUGGAACUCAUCGAUAUGAUCAGCAACGAACUGUUGCUGGGCGGUGCAGCGCUGAUAUUUCUGUUUGGGAUCGAAGCCCGCAUCAAACGCACUCGUGCUCAGCGGGUCCUGCAUGAACUGCGGGCAAUCGCUCACGUGAUUGACAUGCAUCAGCUGACCAAGGAUGCCACACGUGUGAUUGGCUCAUCCAGUGUGACGACAGAAUCGUCGCCCAAACGAACAAUGACCGCCUUUCAGCUCACCCGGUAUCUGGAUUACUGUUCGGAACUGCUGUCAAUCGUUGGCAAGCUGGCCGCGCUGUAUGCUCAAAGUCUGCCCGACAGUGUCGUGGUGGCAGCUGUGAACGACAUCGAAACGCUCACCACCGGACUCAGCCGCAAGAUCUGGCAAAAGAUUGUGCAGCUGGACGCCUGGUCGGAUGACCGGAAAGAUGUGACCGACAUUGUCGGAGACGGUGAUCUGAAUUCAAUCCUCAUCGAUCACGCGCACUGUGAACAGAAGGCCGCCGCCGCCGCGAUGGAUCUCAUGUUUGACUACGUGGAGAAUCAGGACCUCUGCCGCGAGAUGACGGAGAUCGUGAAUGAAGAGCUGGAGCACUUUCACCUGGUGCUGGAGAUCCUGAACCGGCGAUCGAUUCGCUUUCACAAGCUGAAGCCUGGGCCGUACGGGCGUCGGCUGAAGGAACUGGUUCGGCGUCAGGAACCUCACAAAGCCGUCGACCGCCUGCUGAUUGCCGGCCUGAUUGAAGCGCGCAGCUGUGAGCGGUUUCAGCUGCUGCGAGAUCAUGUGCAGGAUACGGAGCUGAGCCGGUUCUGGGGGGACCUGUGUGAGUCAGAAGCGCGCCAUCAUGCCGUGUACGUGAAGCUGGCGCAGUCGUAUGGUGACGCCGAGGAAGUUCGCGAACGACUGGCAGAACUGGCCGCACUGGAAGCAGGCAUCAUUGACGAAGGCUGCGAACUGCCGCGGAUGCACAGCUGA